CAGUCGCACCAAAUAAACAUGGCCGCCUCCCCGCCGUCAGACGUGUGUUUGGAAAAUACGGAUCACUCUACAAUGGAAACAGACGAGUGCACGGCCGAAGAGAAUAAGGGAGGACCUGAAAACAAUACCUUCAAGAAAAAUGACCCAGAAAAAGAGGACACGUUUAAAAAACCGGCUCUUUUCGCAGUUCCUUCCCUCACUGUCAAACGCAGUAACGCAGCUCCGUCCAAACCAGCAGCAACCGAGGUAAAACACGUGAAAGAAGAAAACGAAGCUAAAGACGUGGACACAGAAAAUGCAUAUUCUUCUGGUGUUGUUAUUGACAGCAAACCCACCGAAAAGAGCCAAGAAGAGGAGAAGAAAUGCGCUAAAGACAAGAGCGUGGCUCCUGUCAAACCCAAGCAAGAAGCGAAGCCAAGGGUGCUACAGUCUGCUAAAGGGCCCCCAGUUGGUAAAUUCCCCCCUAUCCCAUACACAGAGCCACUCUGGGGAGGCACGGCUCCAGAUACUCCCUAUGCUCUGGAAAUCCUUAAAAACGGCACCAUAAUUGACACGGUGCCCCUCACAGAUAAAAGCUACAUCGUGGUUGGACGUCUACCUGUGUGUGACGUCCCUCUGGAUCAUCCCUCCAUCUCCAGGUACCACGCCAUCAUCCAGUACCGCAGAGGGCAGGGAGAGGGGGAGUCUGUGGGGGAGGAGAGGGGCUUCUACGUUCAUGAUCUGGGCAGCACUCACGGCACUGUGGUCAACAAGAACAAGAUCCCCCCCAAGACCUUCAUCAGGAUCCGCGUGGGACAUGUGUUAAAGUUUGGUGGGAGCACGAGGCUUUUCAUACUGCAGGGUCCAGAGUUUGAUGAGGAAAAGGAGUCCGAGCUAACGGUGACCGAGCUGAGGGAGAGAGGCCGGAAACGGAGGGAAGAGCUGGAGAAGAGGAUGACGGGAGACGGGUCCGAUGAUGAUGAUGAUGAGAAGGAGGAAGACGGGCAAUCUGAAGGCAGCAAGGUCCCAGGCAAACCGUCAAACAAUGAGUCGGGCUGUUCUUGGGGAAUGGGUGAGGAAGCCGCUCCGGAGGAAGACGAGAACGAGGAAAACCCGUUUUCAACCGAGUUCCAGGAGGACCAGGAGGCCGCGUACCUGAAAGACCCAAAGAAGGCUCUGCAGGGCUUCUACGACAGAGAGGGAGAGGAGCUGGAGUUUGAGUAUGAAGACCAAAGCCAUGGCAGCUGGCUCUGCAGAAUACAGCUCCCGGUGGACGACGCCAUGGGCCGACAGCUGGUUGCCGAGGUGACCCACACAGGGAAGAAGAAGGACGCAGCCAUCCAGUGCUGCCUGGACGCCUGUCGGAUGCUGGAGGCCAGAGGGCUGCUGCGACAGGAAGCAGUGUCCCGUAAGCGCAAGAAGAAGAACUGGGAGGACGAGGACUUCUACGACAGCGACGAUGACAACUUCCUGGAUCGGACCGGCACUGUGGAGAAGAAGAGGAACGAGAGGAUGAAGAAGGCGGGGAAGGUGGAUGAGCGGCCUGAGACCUACGAAUCAUUGGUGUCCAAACUGUCAGAGGUGGAGAAGGAGCUGGCGGAGACUCAGAGGAAGCUGAGUGGAGGGAAAGGAGACUCCUCCGGCCCCUCCUCUGACGACCCUCUGGACGCCUUCAUGACGGCGGUGAGGAGCGAGGUCGCCAUGGACGCCGUGGAGCGCAGGAAGCUUCAUGUGCACUCGGCCGACUUACGCAAAGAGGUUCAGAGGCUCCGCAAACUGGUGGAGCUGACGCGGCCCGCUCAGAUGCCUUCACUGCUCCCAGGUGGAAGCUCAGAGCCGGAGAAGCCUAAAAAGUCCUUACCGCUGUUCGGAGCCAUGAAGGGAGGAAGCAAGUUCCGACUGAAGACCGGGACCAUCGGGAAGUUGCCUCCGAAGCGCCCCAACUUACCCGCAGAGCUCUUCAACAUGAAAGAACUUCCACCCAGUGGAGAGGAGGAAGAGGAAGAAAAGGAGGAGGAGGAAGCAGAGAAAAACGAGGAUAAUGAUGAUCAAGAGGGUGAAACUAGGUCUGAGAAUGAUGAUGAAGAGUCUGAAGCAUCCACGUCUCUACAGAAGACGCAGAAACGGAGGUCACAAGAGCCCAAAGAGCCAGGCCGCAAACCGAGGAAGAGUGAGGAGUGUGAUGAAGUGGAGAAGAAGGGUCCUCAGGCUGAGACCCCAACGAGUCCAGGAAGUGAUGGAGAGCCAGCGGCACAGCCCAGCCCCAGGAAGAACGUGAAGAAGAAAGUGAUGGGCCCCAGCAGGCCCCCGAAGCAGCUCUCUGAAAAGUAUCCAGAGGACGACCCGGAUUAUUGUGUGUGGCUGCCUCCGACAGGUCAGUCUGGAGAUGGCCGCACACACCUCAACGACAAGUUUGGCUACUGAGGGGAAGCAGAAGAGAGAGAAAGCUCUGGCAGCUUUUAUUCUGCGUACAAUACCUGCAACACAAAGCCUGCAGUCUCCUCAGCGCCGACCAUUACCCCCUGUCUGCCAGUCCCUGCGAGGCGUUCAGGGGCCUGCAGAAGGGAAAUAAUGCAGCACCUUUCUCUAUCUUUGCAUGCUCAUAAGCAAAAAAUACAUUCUAUUUCGCAUUAUCUGGCAAGCCCUGUGAGCAGACACUGGGCAGGCAGCCCGCUGGCAGCCCGCUUACCACCCAUGACAAUAAUAGAGAUGAAAGCCUUUUUUUCUUUUACUUUUAAUUCUUUAUCAUCCAAGCAGAAAAUAAAACAAAUCAACAGAGCAUGAGCGGUAACUGAUCUGAAUUCAGCUCUCUGGCUCUUGCAGUUUGAAUCCACCUGACAUCCAAACGGCGUAUUUGGCAUCAUUUAAAAAAAAAAAAAAAAAAAUGUUUUAUUCUAAAGGAGAGUGUGGAGAAAGAGAGGGAGAGCACUGAAGCAGCUUUUCUGACCAUCUGGACACUUGGAUGGCUUACUGCUUGAAACGCAAGCUGAUAAUGACUCAAGCUAAGUGGAGUGUGUGCCUGCGUGUACACACGCACAUACACACAUACACACACACACACACACACAACCUUCUCAAAGUUCUCUUUUUAACAAGAUUGUCUUUAACGAUGACUCAGCGAUUGGUGCGUUUGCCCAGAGCAGGAUUCCUCUCUCUGUGAAAUCCCACUCAGUGCUGUUGGUAUCCCGCCAUACUCCACACCCUCAAAGUAAAGAAUUGUAUUUUUUUUAUAUAAAUGUUAAAUAAAAUUGUCUGUACAUUA